AUGCCGAGGCACAGAGUCGAUGUCAACCUGAAGGGAGUUUCACACUAUGUUGAUGACCAGUUCGUUGACGCUACUGGUUUUCCAUUCUGGGAAAACGUGUUACCUAAUGGUCUUCACCUCGAGAGAAGGGUUGGACGUCCGGCUAAUGAUGACCGCAAAUUUGUUAAAACGCCAGGAUUUGGAAAAAGUGUUGAGUGGACUAGCGGUCGGGAUGCUCGGGGUGCGCAUGGAGCUCAACGCCGGGCAGGACCACCGCCAGGACCACCGCCAAGACAUCCGCCAAGACAUCCGCCAAGAGAGCAGCAAGGAGAGCGGCGGGGAGAGCAACGAAGAGAGCAGCGAGGAGAGUGGCGGGGUGAGCAGCGAGGAGAAAACUCAGGAGAGGACUCAGGAGAGGGUCCAGCAGAGGACCCAGCAGAGGACCCAGCAGAGGACCCAGCAGAGGACCCAGCAGAGGGCCUAGCAGAGGGCCCCGGGGAAGACCCAGGAGAGGAAGAAAGACGGGAACAUAGACAAAGCCCAGGAUUGUUCGAUGUUCCUGAGGGCGAUAGCGACGAUGCACAUUCCAGGGUACAACAUAAUAACAUCAACACUAAGGGGAGAAUUCACUGA